GGAGGGGGCGCCUCGCUCCCGAGCCUGCCCCACCAGCCGCUGACAUGCGGUCGGGGGAGCCGCAGCGUUUCAGUGCUGGGCCGGAGACAGCUCGCGCCCUGCAUCCCAGCAGGGAGCAUGAGCCCAGCAAGUCCCAGCUCCAGGAACUGCUAGCAGCUGGCAGGCGAGCUCUCCUAAGAUUGCUUCCUUGGCUGGGGCUAAAAUUGUCUCUGUCAAAGAAGCUGCAGGAUUCAAGGAGAAACUGACAUGUUUAAAAUCACUCCUUUGAUCCAAACUGAAGAAAAUUGAACCCAAGAACAAAAAAUAAAAAUGGCAGAAUUUACAGGUUAUAAGGAGACUUCAAAUCGCCACCUUCGAUUCAAGUUACAGAGCUUUGGCCGUCGUCUUGAUGAACUGGAAGAAGCAACAAAAAAUCUCCAGAAAGCAGAGGAUGAGCUUCUUGACCUUCAGGACAAGGUUAUCCAGGCAGAAGGCAGCAAUUCUAGCAUGCUGGCUGAUGUAGAAGCUCUGAGAAAAAGAGUGCUGAAAAUUGAAGGCAAGGAUGAAGAAAUAAAAAAAGCUGAAGAGCUCUGUCAGUUGAUGAAGGAAAAACUGGAGGAGGAGGAAAGUCUCACUCAAGAACUUAAAUCAGAAAUUGAACAGCUUCAGAAGAGAAUGGCAGAACUGGAAAAACUGGAGGAAGCUUUCGGCAGGAGCAAGAAUGAUUGUACUCAGCUGUGUCUGAGCCUUAAUGAAGAAAAAAAUUUGACCAAAAAAAUAUCUACAGAGUUGGAAAUACUUAGGAUGAAAGUAAAAGAACUUGAAGCAUCUGAAGACAGACUGGAUAAAACUGAACAUAGUUUAGUAAGUGAGUUAGAAAAGCUUAAAUCUUUAACACUGAGCUUUGCUAGUGAAAGAAAACACUUCAAUGAAAGAGAAAAGCAGAAUGAAAAAUUAAUCCAGGAGCUAACACAAAAACUAGAACAAAACAACAAACUAAAUAGGGCAGAUCAAACUAGAAAUGCAUCAAACCUGCUAGAAAGAUCAUCAAAUAGUCUUCUGGAUAGAAAUGACCUGAGAAUUGAAGAUGACUUGACCUCUGCAUUGCCCUCUAAAGAAACCAGAAGAAAGGGAAGCUUGGAUUACCUAAAGCAUGUAGAAAAUGAAACCAGAAAUAAAUCAGAAAAUCAAAAGAAUAAAAAUCAAGAAGACAACAAAGUGAAAGAUCUCAACCAAGAAAUUGAGAAACUUAAAACUCAAAUUAAACAUUUUGAAUCUUUAGAAGAAGAACUUAAAAAAAUGAAAGCCAAAAAUAAUGACCUGCAAGAUAGUUAUCUGAGUGAACAGAAUAAAAACAAGCUCCUGACUGGUCAAUUGGAAGAAAUUAAAAUUCAAAUAAAGAAACAAAAGGAUAUGGAGAAUGGUGAGGUGGAAAGUGAAGAAAUGAGCUUCCCCAGCAGAAUUAGACAUGACAGACCUAAAUACAGAGGUAUCACAGCUGAGCCGGCAAUUUCAAAACACAAGUCACGGGAGCUUUCACCUCAGCAUAGACGAGAAAGGACACGGAACAGAGAAUUCUCUUCCAAUAAUGACAGUUAUACCACAAGUAGCAAGCAAGUUCCCAGUCCAAGUUUAAUUACUAGGAGAACAGUAAAGGCAUCUAGUACAUCUGCUCUACUAGACACUGUGAUUACUGAUACAAAAAGAAUGGAAGACAAAUCAGCAGUUGCUACAUAUUUAUCUAUGCAGAAAGAUAGUGGUGCUCCACAAAAUGAAGUGAAGAAAUCGAGAGAGCAGCCAUCUGUGCUGAGUCGAUACCCACCGGCUGCACAUGAGCACAAAUCUUGGAAAGCAUCUUCCAAACCUGGGAAUGAAAGUGGGCUGAAGACCAAAGUUGAAAAGCCAUCUCAAAUAUUUAGUGAUGUUUGCCAAGGUACCUCUGAUGAAAAAUCAAGCAAAGGAGAAAUGACUGUAUCUUUGACUGAAAAGAUGAAAACAAGCCAAGCAGAGAUGUCUGAUCUAUGUGUAGAGAUACCCUUUAUGAAAAGUAACCAUGCACCAUCCAAUGAAACAGCUUCAUCAUAUAGAUACCAUAUCUCUUCUCAGAUGUUAGCAGCUGAAUCCACCAGCUCUAAAGCAGAAGCAGCAACAGUCUCUGUUUUAUCUCACAGACAGUCCCCAGAAGGGAAAUCUAAAAGAACAAUAAACUCCCAAGAAAGAGAAUUUACAGACAUUUUUCAUGAAAAUACAAAGCCUCCAACUUUAUUAAAGUAUUCAAACAGCUCAAGAAGUCAAGAAGACAUCUUACAGAUUCUCACAAGUCAAGGUAAGGAAGGAAUGGACCAAUCUGCACCAUCAGUUACAGGUCAGACAAAUGUUGGCAUAAAAUCUGACUCUUUGAGAUCCAAAGCCAUCAAACCAGCUAGCCAUGAAAAACUUAGUACAGAUGAGGAGAUUGGUAAAAGCACCAAUGCUGCCACUGAAUCAGAACUGGAGACGAGAAAGAAACCCAGUUCCAGAGAAUUCUCAAGCUCCAGAGGAGUUCUCAGAGCAUCUCUCUUUGAAAAUGAUAAAAAUACUGGAAAUGAAGAUGACCCCCCCAAAUCCAUAAAGACAUCUUCAGAUGCCGCCAGCGUAGGAUUGAAAUCCAGAAGGUCAUUCAGCCCUAGAGAAGCUUUGAGAUCAAAAGCCAUCAUUAAACCUGUAAUAAUUGAAAAGGACAUGAAAGAAGUAAUGGGAGGGGCUGGGUCUGAGGAAUACUCUCAAAAACAGAAAUCUCUCUUUAAAACUGUGACAAAUAAAAUGACAAGCAGCAUAACAAUCUUCCCCUCUGAGCCAGCCAACACAAGGACCAACACAAAUGAAGCCGCAAAGGAAAGACAUACGUCUACCAGCAAUAUUCGAGUCACUCCAAAUGAGCUAUCAACCAUAACAAACAACAUCAGCACACCCUUUGAUAUCUCAAUUAAUAAGAGUGAUACUGCUCUGAAAUUAUCUGAGGCAGAUAAAAUUGGGGAUUUAGCUCUGAGAAACAGGACAGAAACACUAAUCUCAAGAAGCAGUAUUAUGAUAAAACCUUCUGAACUCAUUGAGAAGAACAAUUGUGAUCCAUCCUUAGAAUCAAUCCGCUGGAAAAGCCAUGGGUCUUUAGAAGCAGAUUCACCAGAGACAAAACACAUCACUCUGAGAAGUUCUUGGAGGACAAGGCGGGGAUUACAAUCUUUGGAAGACUCUCAGAUCAAAGUGGAAAAAAAUACAGCUUCCACUCGUACAAAGGCAUGCAAGUCAUCUACAGACCUCUCUGAAAUGGAAGGGGCCAAUGCAAGAAUACAUUUACUUGAGCAGAAUUCAAGAAAGUCCAGGGCCACUAUUAAUUCUUGGAAUACCCCUGAAUUAGAAUUCCGAAGGACCCAAAGUAGCUUGAGUGCAUCUGAGCUAUCUACUCGAAGGAGCUACGUCCAUGAUCCCAUCACUGCUUCUACUUGGAAUCGCAUGACAUUACCAGAGGAAAGCAAAGAUUUUGUUCCCAGUUCCAGAAGAAAACAAUAUGGCUCUUCUGAGCAGCUGUCCCAGGCUGAGACUUCAGAGAAAAGGCCAACCUCCCAGAUGGAGCUGCAGCAGCGCCCUGGAACCAAUCCCCAUGCACAGCUGGGCUGCAAGACAGAGGACCAGGGCAUUUCCCGCUCCUCCCGGAUGAUCUCUAGGAUUUGAACUUCUUUCCUUUCGCCAAACGAACACUCCAUUUCGUGGAGCAAGAGCCAAGGCUGUUACUAGCUGCAUGGGUGUCAUUCCUGCCUUGUAAACGCAACGAAGACUUCAGCUAGCCUGGAAUCUGUU